AUGGAUUCCCACUCAGUGAACAUCUUUGAACAGGAAGCGAUCAACGAUGGUAACAAAACAAACAUUAAGGGUGGUUUCAAGAAUCUCUUCCUCGAGUACUGCUCCAACAGUACGAUACACGGUGUCAAGUACUUUGGUUGGAAACGCUGUACAUUGUUUGAGAAGAUCUGGUGGAUUGCUACGUUCAUAUUGUCAUUAUACGGUUCCAGCCGGAUGAUACAGGACAUUUACGAGAAAUGGGACGAAAUGGGAGAGGUAGUGAGCUACAUCGGUAAACCGACCUCGGUGUGGGAAAUCCCAUUCCCAGCCAUUACCAUCUGUCCGGAAACCAAGGCACUUAGUAAAUACAUCAAUUUUACCGAGGUGUUGUUGCAGCUGAUCGAAAACAACCACACUGAAAUGAGCAAUGAAAUGUUUGACCGGUUCCGGGCAGUAGCACAAGUUUGUCAUCCGCACCUUUGGGAUGAUUUUCCGCUGAACCAGACGACCGAUCCUAACGUUGUGGAUUUGUUGAGGAAUGUUUCGAUGCCACUCGAAAAGGCGUUUUCCUUCUGCCAUUGGCGUCUAACGCCGGGCCUUUGCACGGAUCACUUUAGCGAAACCAUCACCAACGAAGGUAUCUGCUUUACAUUCAAUUCACUAUCGGCCGGCGAGAUGCUGCGCGUCGAUAAGUUGCACAACGAUUACGAGUACAUUUCGGAGAAGCGAGAGGCCCCGCUGUGGUCACUGGAGAACGGGUAUUCCGAGAAUACCUAUAUGGAUGCGUAUCCGGAGCGUGUGCUUGGUGCAGGUGCCCGGUCUGGACUAUUCAUUCUGUUGAACCAAUACGAACACGAUACAGACUUCAUUUGUAGGGGUAUAGUACAGGGCUUCAAGGUAGUGUUGCACCCUCCCAACGAGUAUCCACAAAUGUCGAAGCAGUACUAUCGGGUACCGCUUCAGCAGGAGGUGAUCAUAUCGGUGAAACCACAGAUGACUACCACCUCUAAAAAGCUGCGCAAUUAUACUCCCCAAAACCGUCAGUGUUUCUUCAACGACGAGCGCUACCUGAGGUUCUUCAGGGUAUAUACGCAGGAGAACUGUGAGGUGGAGUGCGUCACCAACUACACACUGUCUAAAUGUGGCUGCGUGAAGUUCUCGAUGAUGCGUGACAACCUGACCGAUGUGUGUGGGGCCAGCAAGAUCGACUGCUACAAUGAAGCCGAAGACGAACUGUUGGAGGAGGAUAUUAAGUACAUCGUGGACAAAAUGUAUGAUUUCCGGGCUCGCUGCAACUGUCUACCGGCCUGUACCUCGAUCCAGUACGAUGCUGAGAUAUCCCAGGCAGAUUUGGACUGGAAAAGCGUGUUAGCGAAGCACAAGGAGUUCGAUGAACCGGGGGUUCAGUUCUCCCGGCUUAUCAUCUACUUCAAGGGGGCCCAGUUCACAAACUCGAAGCGCAGCGAAAUUUACACUUUUGCGGAUUUCCUUGCCAACUGCGGUGGUUUGCUAGGGCUAUUUAUGGGCGUUAGUUUGCUGAGUGUGGGUGAACUGUUUUACUAUUGCUUGAUACGUCCAUUCGCUAUGCUGCGCUUGCAUUGGUUUCAGCGUCGUAACAAGUCGAAAGUGGCCGUCCUACCAAGACUAGAGCUAAAAGGCGAAUAG